GCCCCAGAUCCCCAUCCGAGGUGCUCCCCUCCAGCCCACCCUACUGGCACCUCUUCAGCAGCCCCCAGGAGAGCCGCCUGGCCAGCCGACACAGCUCUGACUUCUGGGAGCCCAACCCCCGCCAGCGCUCCCACAGCCUGAACCCGGUCGACAUGCGCACCCGGGUCAAGUUCGUCAUCUCCGACUCCGAGGAGGAAGAGGAGUGCUCUUCGUCGGGAGAGGGUUCCUUGGAGUCCGGUUCAGGGUACGUGUCGGAUCAGCGUGUUCCUGGGGUGAGGAACCCACGGCAGACCUGCACCCCUAACAUCCUGAACCUACCUGUCUCUCAGAGCGGUCUGGUGACCUACCAGCGUAGGAAGAACCUCCGCCAGUCCUCGCUGUCCGUUCUGGAGACCUCCAGAGAGUGUAGUCAGGGGACACCCUGCCCCCCAGGAGGACCCAAGCCACCACCCUCCUCAUCCCUGUCCAGACACCCAUUGACCAGGGCCAACACGGAGCAUGUCCCCUCCAUCAGACACCACAAGCCAACAUAUCCGUCCCUGAGUCCGUACUUCUGCCUGCCGGCCCUUCCCUCUGUGACCUCACGACCCCUGGGUUCCCACGCCACGUCAGUGCUGGACUCCUCGGUGGAGCUGCUGUCCGCGCUGAGCCCUGAGGAGAGAGAGCUGCUGCAGGCCAUCACAGAAAGGGGCUAUCCGCUCCGCACCGCCAUCAUCGCCCUGCAGAAGACCGGCCAGCAGAGCCCAGAACAGAUCCUACGCUAUCUGGUGGCCUGCGAUAGACUGUGUGAGCGGGGCUACGACGAGGCGCAGGUGGAGGAGGCCCUGGAGAUGUUCCAGAACUGUGAGACCAAGGCUGAGGAGUUUCUUCACCUGCUGGCUCAGUUCAAUGAGAUGGGAUUCCAGCAGAACGCUAUCAAAGAGGUUCUGUUAGUCCACGAGAACCACCGCGAGAGGGCCCUGGAAGAGCUGAUGAUGCGUGUGACGUGACAGGGCCAAUGUCUACUCCCACAAAAAAUUACCUUGUAGGCGACAUACAUGCACGAACACAAGCACAGUUCCUGUGUUGCCUGUUUACUACAAACAUUUUGUGUUAGCUAAUGUAUCAUAUUAAAGGGAUAGUUCACUCAAAAACUAUAUUUUACUAUUUCGUUUAUUAGUCCACAGUUAAUUCAAUCCCCAUAAAUGGUGCAUGUCACCUGUGACGUUUUCAAGAUUGAGCACUUUCAGUCCAGAGCAAAAACAGUGAUGAUGACUUUUCACUAUCCCUUUUAAUGAUAUGUCAUUUUCAAAUUGCAAUUCGCAUGUUGAAACAAUGUUGAUUCACUGGAGCACACUAAAACUAUACAUUCUAGCAAAUCAGGAAAUGAACAGUGGCCUUCUAGGCAAAGUAAAACUUAAACAAUACCAUUUACAGACAAUCAAUUUAUUACAUAGAUUUAUUACAUUUCAGAUUUGGACAAAAUGUUUGUUAUGUGAUUUGCCCAUUUUUGUCAAUUUCCUUUGUCAAUUUCAAGUGUCAUAGCAAUUG